AUGGCGUCGAGUGCCCUUUCCCCAGUUUCUCAUCUCUUCGAUCACCUUCAAUACCUUCUAAAUGUCUCGCAUCUUCACAGUCUUCGGCGCAAAUGGCGCGCAAGGAACUGCGGUCCUCGAAGCUGUUCUUGCCGAUGGGACUUUCACCCCCGGGCCGUUUCUCGGAGCGCCGACUCUGCGCCAAGCAAGGCCCUUAUCGCGCGCGGCAUCGAAGUUGGGGCAGCCGACCUCUUCGAUAAGGAGUCGCUGAAGAACGCCGUCCGGGGAAGCGAGGUUCAAGUUGUUUUUGGCCUCGCUGCGACAGUUAGCCGACCGCCUGCUGAAGUGUCCUCUGUAAAGCUCGCUCCCGAAUGUGACGGAGUCCAGCAAUGGCCUCUACACGCACGCGACACUGUGUUCAUCUGGUUGCGAGCUCUCUUCUCCGUUAUAUUUGACUUGCAGCGUGAAUCCGGCAUCCCCCACUCGAUACUACUCACCGCCUGGUUCUGCGAGAACGUCUGGAAGCUCGGUGUGCUUAGCAGCGAGAGCUACAUCGUGACCACCCCCAAGUUCGCACCAGAGGACCAGCAGUGCGCGAUGUGGGUCAAGCACGACCUGGGCCAGGCCGCGCUGGCGCUGGCCAAGAACUACAACACGCCGCUGGGGAAGCGGGUCGGCGUGCUGGGCGGCGCGUUCCCCGUCGUCUCGAUGAAGUUCACGUAUCCCCAGCUGGCUGCGGCGAUCGCGAAAGGGAUCAGCAAGCCCGUGGCGUUCCUCCCCGUCGACAGCGGAGCUCGACGAGAUGGUGCGAUCGUGUUGUUUCCAUUCCUCUUCCAAGCUAAAAUCGGCAGCUACCACGACACGCCGGUCCCGAAUCCGACACUGGUGGAGCUCGAGGUCAAGUUCGCCGCGAUCGAGGAGUUCGUCCACUGGCAGCAAGAGGUUGUUCCACGCUUUACAUGA